AUGAGUGUGUGUGCCUGCAGCGCUUCAUACCUGCGGAGAUGGCUGCUGGAGGCUCUGUUGUUCUUGGCUGCUGUGCUGCCGACGAGCGGUGACUGCCCCAAACCAUGCGCCUGUUAUGUUCCCACCGAAGUGCACUGCACCUUCAGAUACCUGACCGCAAUACCUGACCACGUCCAGCCAGCGGUGGAAAGAAUUAACCUUGGGUACAACAGCAUAACUGUCUUGAGAGAAAAUGAUCUUUCAGGACUUGAAAACUUAGAGCUAUUGAUGCUGCAUAGCAACACUAUCCACAGCAUUGAAGACAGAGCUUUCCAAGACCUCAAGUCAUUACAGGUCCUAAAGAUGUCUUAUAAUAAAGUAAAGGAAAUCAACAAGGAGACAUUUAAAGGCCUGGACAGUCUGCUUAGACUCCACAUGGACCACAACAACAUUGAAUUCAUCAGCCCAGAAGCUUUCUACGGCCUAACCAAUUUACAGUUGGUCCAUCUGGAGGGUAAUCAUCUCCAGCAGCUCCACCCAGACACAUUCAUCACACUGAGACAUAGUCAGGUGUUCAAGGUGUCCUCCGUGAAAAACAUCCACCUGUCAGACAACCUCCUCACCAGCCUGCCUGGAGAUAUUUUCUCAGGCUGCACCCAGUUGGAGAACCUCUUCCUGCAUGGUAACCCCUGGACAUGUGAUUGCCGUAUGAACUGGUUCACAGAGUGGGCACAAAGGAAUGCAGGUGUGCUGAAAUGCAAGCGAGACAGGAGAUAUCCAAGAGGCCAGCUAUGUCCUGUGUGUGAAAAUCCUACUGUUUACCAUGACAGACCCCUGUCCCUUCUACCUAGUGAGUCCUUCACUUGUUCCAAACCCUGGAUCCAACCUCAUCUAAAGCAGAAAAAUGUCAGCCUGGAUGAGGGGGACUUCACUCCAGUUUCCCCCAAGGACUUUAUCGCCCCAUUAGGUUCCAUACAAAUUAACCUGACUGACCAGUUUCACAAUGAUGCCAGCCUAUCCUGCACUGUCCAGAGGCCAUCUGAUGUUAAGGACCUCACACUAACCUGGGAGGAGGAGGAGGGAGGACACAACAUCACUGUGCUUACAGCUGGCGUAACUACAUAUUUAGUCUGCAACAUUGACCAUGACCAUAUCCAGCAGUUGUGGCAGAUUCUGGCCACCUACAGUGACUCUCCUAUGACACUGGAGAGGGGCUUAAUGCUGGCCAGAAGCCCAGAAAUGGUGUACAGGUAUAGUCAGAAACCAAAGGAGGGAGAGAAGUUGGUUCACACAAACAUUGAGGGUGAGAUUAAAGCCUCUCCUGCAUGGUUGAUGCAGGGGGAGAUUAACUUCCAGCUUGACCGCACUUCUACCACUUUCUCUACUCUGCACAUUAAGUACCAGUCUGUGGUCAACCUACGUAUAGAAAACAUAUCCCCCAAGAAGGGCCGCUAUUCCUGGACCAUGAUCAAGCAAGACAACAAAACCAAGACUGAGCACACUGUACUUACAGGUGGUGUGGCACAGUUGGGCUGUCAAAUCCAAGGGGAGCCAAAGCCUUUGGUGGAGUGGAUUUUACCAGAUGGAAGUAAGGUCAGAGCCCCUUACACCAGUGAGGACAGAAGGAUCAUAAUCACUGCUGAAGGGAAGCUCACUCUGCGGGGUGCAGAUGCCUCAGACACAGGCCUCUAUCGGUGCAUUGCCACAAACUAUCUAGAUGCAGAUAUUCUCACCUUUCGAGUGACAGUACUGUCCCCUGAUGUGGAAGAAUUUGAAGUCAACGGUGUCCAACUCUCGCGACCACUGGGUGAAAAUCUAUUUUUUGACUGUGGCUCUUCAGGAAGUCCUGAAGCCUCGGUACAGUGGAUCCUCCCGGACCACUCAAUACUGGAUAAGUCUCAUGGAAACAGGAUGUUGUAUGAGAAUGGGACCUUACUGAUUAAGGGUCUCACUGCGAGAGACCGAGGAUUUUACAGAUGUUUGGUUGCUAAUCACCUGGGAGUUGACCUGCUGGUUUCUCAGGUGACAGUGGCUGGAGAAAACACAGUCUUUGACAAUGAGGCCUCGGGGAUGGAAAUGGAGGUCAAGGUGGACCCCAACUUGACUGACAACACAGACACCAUCAGUGAGGUCCCAUCUUCCAGUCCCAUUGACCAAACUAGUCAGGAAUCCAGGACCAUCACCUCAGAUCGACCAUACCCCAGACUGAGGUCACAGGGCAGAGGAAUCUUAAGGGGUAGAUUGGGACAGAGAAGGAGGGGUCCAGUCAGCAACAGGCGCAUGUGGAGCAGUAGGAUCUUUGAUAAAGUACAAAAGAAAGUGGACCCAGAGAAAUUUGCUGAAUUUAUGAAAAAGGCUCAAGAUGGAUCAAGAAUAAAGACAGAGAGAGAGAAGGUAAAAUAUGUAGAGUCACACACUGUUUUUUCUGGUGAUGGUGAGAUUGGCUCUGGUGAGGGUCAUAUUGAAGACCAUCUCAACAUUAUGCCAAGUAUAGUCAAACCAACUACAAAUAACCCAAAAGAAGGUAGAAUAUUUGGGCAGGAGAAUAGGCAAGUCAGCAAUCACAUUGAUUUAAGUCAGGUAACAGAAAAUACAAACACACUAACAACAGGGUCAUAUACACAGUCUGAUUCUACACCAAUCAAAUCCACAUUGAUACACAAUCCAACAGAAAGGAGCGAAAGUCAGAAUGAUGCAGUCACACCGUAUGACACAGGCAUUUCUAGUUUUGAUGAGACUACAGAGUUUUAUACCCUGGAAAGAACUAUUAAACCAUCCUCAAACAGGCACCCAGUAACUCUCCAAGUCACUGUGACAGACACCUCACAAGAAACUCAGCUUCUGUUUUCAGGAGACCAACCUGCAGAAGCAGAGACAUCCACUGGGGCAUCACUCUCAUUUACCACAGACCCUAAUGUCACUCCAAUGAGGGAUGGACCAGGCCCAGAGGAGCUAGUCAUCCACACAGAUCCAGAAAGCCAGACCACAUUCACAGCCAUCACCACUACAAAGAGAGAGCAAGAUGAGAUCACCUUCCACACUACCCAAACAAUUAAAUCCCCACGCCUUCCUGCAGGAUCCACUAUCAUUUCCCGGCAGCAGAUCCAUAUCAUCCCACACAAGAAUGGCAGAAGAGGGGGUCGCAGGAGGACCUUCCAAGGCCGAAGGAGGAUCAUCAAACCCAACAGGAUCACUGACAUACAGUCUUUCAUCAAUAAAUUUAAACAACCAUCAGUGAGGACACAAGGAAAUGCUACAGUGCCAUAUAGAAUUGAACUGACCACAGACUGUGAUUGUAAUGAAGACAAGAAGAAGACAGAAACCACUGAUCUGCAGGUGGUCACUCCAACAGCUUCUUCUAGUUCAUCUUUACAAAGGACAGUGAGACCUGCCUCUACACAAAAUACUGCAGCUUCACCCACAAAUUAUCUUACUGUGUCAAAUGCCCCCUUCACACACAAAGAGUCCAGGCCAGAUGUUUCCAGUGGCUACAUAACCUCUGCUGAUGCCCCUGAGCAUGACCCUACAAUUGAUCCAUUUUUGACCACAAAUAAAGAACCAUCAAUCUCUACCAUGAUCACUACUACGGCCGCCUCCAAGGUUAUUCGUGGGAGAAUUCCAUGGAACAGGCUGUUUGGAGGCAGAAAAAGGGAAGAGAUACUGGGCAGGCUACGGAAGCCAAUCAUCACUCCCAAAACCUUAACUACAGCUGAAACUACAACAGUGACCUCUACCACAACCUCUGGUGCUAUGCCCACCAUUGCAAACUCACUCACUGAGCCCGAGAUACUGUCACCAUCCAGACACACAGACAGCAAAGAGAGCUCAUUAGAUGAUGACUAUAGAGAUGUAUUCUCUGUAGAUUCAGAGCUAACAACAGUAGGACCCAUUAUUCAACAUCUAACUACUACCAACCCAUCAUAUUACUCCAGGUCUUCCACCACUGCUGAAACACCACCAGAAUCACAGAGUCUACCCUCCCCACCUACUGUCAAACCACCUUCGACGGAAAAUCCUGGUGAAGCAUUAUCAUCAGGGUCUGGGGGACUCCCUGAUAAUUGGUUUGUAACCAGACAGAGACCCGGUGGGACAAGAGGACGACAAGGACGGAGAAGGAGGCCCUUUAGGGGAAGGAGACCCUUCAAGAAACCUACAAUCACUAAAUUAUACCCUACUAGCACAACUGAGGCUUUAACUACAGAGGUAACAACUACAGAUUUAAACAUGGAAACUUCAAUGGCGACAACUAUAGUACCUCGACCGACUGUUUCAGUCUCAAAGCCCCUCUACACACCAUCCAGGACAGUGGACAGAACCACAGUAACUGUUUCCUCUGAGGAAACAUCAGAGCAGGAAAUAUACUCAUAUGAGAAAGCUGAUCAGAGAAUGUUCACAUCUAGCAGUUCACCAGCCUAUACUACAACCAACACACCCUUUAUCGCCUCAACCACAUCUGUGCCAAAUACCUCAAAAGGGCCUUACACAACCAGUCAAAUCAGAGUCCACAGCAACAUCAAACCACCAACACAGAGGAACUAUGGUCCCACCACUCAUAGGACACCAACAAGGGGAAUCAAACCUACUGUGCAAAGCAGUGCUGCCAGAGAAAGUGCAGAUGAAAGCUUAACCUUUGACACAAUGAUUAUACUCACAGCAGAGCAAGGACACACCAACACCCCAGUCCCAUACAAUAACAGGGACAUGCAAACUGCCAUCUCCAGUGUUAAUGAUCAUGCCACAGACUAUGAAGCUACUGGGGCCAAUAUUGCUGGCUUUCAACCCACAACAAAUGUCAUGACAAGCAAACCCAAGAUAGUUGGUGGCAAUGCAGCCAGCUUUACCGUUUUGACCAACUCAGAUGCUUUCCUGCCAUGUGACGCUGUUGGAAACCCUCAGCCAACUAUAACCUGGAAACGCUUAUCCUCAAGCACAGGAAGCACUGGUACCAUUAAGGGGAGGAUGGGCAAAUUUGAGGUGUUAAGCAAUGGCACGCUGUCCAUCCAGGAUGCCAACAUUAAGGACCGUGGCCAGUACCUCUGUCUAGCUGAGAAUGAUCAUGGAUCUGAUAAACUUAUUGUCACCCUCUCUGUGGUGGCUUACCCAUCACGCAUUCUUGAGCCAAAAAUACGUGACAUAAAGUCUCAUGCAGGAAACACUGUGGAGAUUAAAUGUAAAGCAGAGGGUCGACCUACACCAAUGAUAUCCUGGAUUCUGGCCAACCGUACUCAAGUCCGGGGCGAAAACAUACAUAAGGGAAGGGUAUCUGUGACUGCUGAUGGCACUUUGGUUAUUCAGCAGGUGUCUGUUUAUGACAGAGGUCAUUACAAAUGCAUUGCCAGUAAUCCAGCUGGAGCUGAUACUGCUACAGUUCGACUACAGGUGGUGGCAGCUCCACCAGGCAUCAUGGAGGAGAAACGGCAUCAGAUGAAAGCUGACGUGCGGCAAAACUUAUGGCUGCCCUGCACUGGCCAAGGCAGCCCUCAGCCCACUAUUCACUGGGUGCUCUAUGAUGGGUCAGUGGUCCAUUCCAACAGACCUGCCAGGAACACAAGGAUAUCAGUGUAUGAGAACGGAACCCUCCACAUAAAGGAUGUGACUUUAGCAGACAGUGGGAAAUAUGAAUGUAUUGCUACCAGCUCUACUGGCUCAGAGCGAAGGGUGGUAACUCUUACAGUAGAGAGAAAAGAAUCUGCCCCUCAAAUAGUGGAGACAUCCCAGCACAUGACAGAGUUAUUCUUUGGGGACCAGUUGACACUGAACUGUUCAGCUACAGGAGACCCUAAACCCAGAAUAAUCUGGAGGCUGCCCUCUAAAGCUGUGGUGGACAAGUGGCACAGGAUGGGCAGCAGAAUCCAGGUCUUGGAUAAUGGCACACUAAUCAUUAACACUGUGAUUGAUAAAGAUGCUGGAGACUAUCUCUGUGUGGCACGAAAUAAGAUUGGGGAUGACCUCCAACUCAUGAGGGUCAGUGUGUCAAUGAAGCCAGCCAAGAUAGAGCCUAAGCUCUUCAGCAAAAAGCAGGUGCCCUAUGGUAAUGACUUGAAGGUUGACUGUAAAGCCUCUGGGUCUCCAAAGCCAGAGAUCUCAUGGGGUCUGCCAGAUGGUACAGUGGUCAACAGUGCUCUGCAGGCUGAUGCCAGCAGUGGACGAGGACGAGGACGAGCACGACGCUACACUCUAUUUGACAAUGGAACGCUCUACCUAAAUCAGGUUGGUAUGUCAGAGGAAGGGGACUACACCUGCUAUGCUGAGAACAAAAUGGGAAAAGAUGAAAUGCAUGUGCAUAUCACUGUAGUGACUGCUGCUCCCAAGAUAAGUCCACACAGCCAGACCUAUGCUGCGGUGAAGCCUGGAGGGAACAUCCGCUUUGACUGUGAAGCAGUUGGAGAACCCAAACCCAAGAUCUUGUGGAUGCUGCCCACCAAUGACGUAAUUGCAGCAUCUAAUGAACGCUACCUAAUACAUGUCAAUGGCUCUUUGGAUAUCAGGGAUGUGAAGCUAUUUGAUGCCGGGGAGUAUGUUUGUAUGGCUCGCAACCAUGCUGGAGAAAAUAGAAAAGUAUACAAGCUUUAUAUAGAUGGAAAUCCACCGGUAAUCAAUGGCUACAGACAGAACCGGACUGUAAUCAAAGAUGUAGCCCCUAAAUACUCCAGGAAAUUUAUAGACUGUAAAGCUGAGGGCGAUCCAGCUCCUACUAUCACUUGGAUAAUGCCUGAUAACAUCUUUCUGACAGCACCAUACAUUGGCAGUAGGAUAAACGUCCACCAAAAUGGGACGUUAGAAAUACGGAAUGUGCGCCCGAGUGAUACAGCAGAGUUCAUUUGCAUUGCAAGGAAUGAGGGAGGAGAGGCAGUAAUGGUGGUGCAGCUCGAGGUGACAAGUAUGCUCCGAAGGCCGAUUUUCAAGAACCCCUUUAAUGAACGUAUUGUCUCUCAGAUUGGAAAAACCACAAUUCUGAACUGCUCUGCUGAUGGACAUCCAGUGCCAGAAAUCAUCUGGAUCCUGCCUAAUGGAACACGGUUUACUGAUAGUGCCGAAGGUGACUCCAACCACCACCUUGGCAAUGAUGGGACUUUAAUCAUCUACAAACCUUGCAAAGAAGAUGCUGGGAAGUACCGCUGUGGUGCCAAGAAUAUCAUGGGUUACAUUGAGAAGCUAAUAAUUCUUGACAUUGGGCAGAAGCCUUACAUCCUGACAAGGCCGAGGGGCAUCAUACGCAGUGUGUCUGGGGAACCUCUCUUCCUUCACUGUCUAUCUGAUGGGAGUCCCAGACCCACUAUCUAUUGGACCAUGCCUGGGGGCCACACCCUUACUAGGCCUCAAGUCCUCGGACGCUACCAUUUGCUUGACAAUGGUACUCUGGUUAUUAGGGAUACCAUGGUUCAUGACCGGGGGAACUACAUCUGCAGGGCUCGGAAUGAUGCUGGUGAGGCUGUGCUCACUAUCCCUGUUGUUAUCAUUGCCUACCCUCCAAGGAUCACAACAGGGCCACCUCCCAGUGUGAAGGCAGUGGCUGGGACAUCUGUACAGCUCAACUGUGCCGCCAUUGGGAUCCCCAAGCCAGACAUCACCUGGGAGCUGCCUGAUCAUUCAUUUCCUUCAACAGAUGAACAGGGCAGGCAUAUGGGUAGUGAAUUGCUCCAUCCUCAGGGUUCACUUACCAUCCAGAGCCUGACAGCCUCAGACACUGGCUCAUACAAGUGCUUGGCGAAGAAUAAACUGGGCACAGACUCCAAGGUCAUAUAUAUACAUGUACUGUGAGAAAAAGUCAUGACUGGGGGAGGCCAGUGGCAUAUCCGAAUGUAAACAUUAACAGACACAUAGUCACUUGUGUCUGAGGUAUAAUACACGCUUUCACACAUGUGAAAUUGUGAGGAUCACA